AUGUGGACCAAUGUCUUCAGACUACGGCUUUUCUGCUGUGUGCUCGCAGUAUUGAUGGUGGUGGUGCUUGUUGUCAAUGUGACCCAGGUGGAGUACUUGGACCAUGAGACUGUGUCAGCCACUUUCAUUGAUAGCAGUGGACAAUUUGUUUCCUCCCAAGCUACGGGCAUAAGCCGGAAUGCUUACUGUGGCUAUGAGCACCAGACCCUGUCCAGUCGGGAGCGAAUGGAAGAGGACUCUUUGUUGGCGGCCUUGCAGUGGCAGGUGCCUGACGUGGGCCUAGUCCCCUUUGUGAAGAGCACCAGUCCUUCUUCGAGCUACUUUGUCAUCUUGAAUUCUGCAGCCUUCUUCAAGGUGGGAAGUCAGCUGGAAGUGCUGGUUCACGUGCAGGAUUUUCAAAGAAAGCCCAAGAAGUAUGGUGGAGAUUACCUGCAGGCCAGAAUCCACUCCCCGAAGCUGCAGGCAGGGGCUGUGGGCAAAGUGGUAGACUACCAGAAUGGGUUUUACAAAGUAUUUUUCACUUUGCUCUGGCCAGGCAAAGUUAAGGUGUCUAUAUCUCUGGUACACCCAAGUGAAGGGAUCAGGGUUCUUCAACACCUACAGGAAGAGAAACCAGACAGGGUCUAUUUCAAGAGUCUGUUCCGUUCAGGAAGAAUUUCUGAAACCACUGAGUGCAAUGUAUGUCUUCCUGGGAGUCUGCCUCUGUGUAACUUCACAGAUCUGUAUACUGGAGAGCCCUGGUUCUGUUUCAAGCCCAAGAAGCUCCCAUGUAGCAGCAGAAUUAACCAUUUCAAAGGUGGAUACCUCAAGGGCCUCCUAACUGCAUCAGAGAGUGCUUUCUUCCAGAGUGGUGUCAAUAUUAAAAUGCCCAUCAACUCCAGUGGACCUGACUGGGUGACUGUGAUUCCCAGCAGAAUAAAAGAAACUUACAACUUAGGAGUAUCUCAAGGCUCAGGAACUUUUCCUUCUGGGUAUUUUUACAAAGACCAGUGGAGGCCCAGAAAGUUUAAGAUGCGCCAGUUUAAUGACCCUGACAACAUUACAGAGUGCUUGCAGAGAAAGAUAGUAUAUUUAUUUGGUGACUCCACAAUCAGGCAGUGGUUUGAAUAUCUCACAGCAUUUGUUCCAGAUCUAGUGGAAUUUAACUUGGGUAGCCCUAAGAAUGUGGGUCCCUUCCUUGCAGUGGACCAGAAGCAUAACAUCUUGCUCAAAUACCGCUGCCAUGGUCCACCUAUCCGCUUCACAACUGUCUUUAGCAAUGAGCUCCAUUAUGUGGCGAACGAACUGAAUGGGAUCGUGGGAGGAAAGAACACAGUAGUUGCUAUAGCCAUAUGGUCUCACUUCAGCACCUUCCCCUGGGAAGUAUACAUCCGGCGUCUCAGGAACAUCCGUAGAGCAGUGGUCCAGCUCUUGGAUCGAAGCCCUAAGACCAUAGUGGUCAUUCGGACAGCCAAUGCCCAAGAGCUAGGUCCUGAGGUGAGCCUCUUCAACAGCGACUGGUACAAUUUUCAGCUGGACACUGUCCUUCGGAGGAUGUUCUCAGGGGUUGGUGUAUACCUUGUUGAUGCCUGGGAGAUGACACUGGCUCAUUAUCUACCGCACAAGCUGCACCCAGAUGAAGUUAUCGUGAAGAACCAGCUGGACAUGUUCUUGUCUUUUGUGUGCCCUUCGGAGACCUAGCCAGCCCUGGCGAGACUAAAGGAAUCACAUUCAGUGACCUUUCCAACUGAGCUGCAUUACAGAAAGUUUGUGGAUAGUAGCCUGUUGAUAGUAGCCUUAUUCUGAAGUGGCUACUAUCAUUAUGUACAGAAUUAAAAAAAAAAUUCUGUACUUUAUAUAAUGAACUGUAAGGAGCUUAGUCAAUACAGGUUACAUUUAUAUCUACCUAUAGGAUUUUUUUCCCAAUCUUAGCCAUGGUAGAACCGUAUUAACAGCACACACGCUGUAUUGCUCUUGUAACCAAAGACACAAAUGGGUGUAUUUCAGUUAGCUUCUCUUGAGAGUGGAGAUUACUGUGCUAAAACAUAAAAGAAAUAUUCUAAUGUAAAUGGAAGGGACAAAUUUUGUUGACAGUAGAGUGUAGCUUAAUCUGUAAAGGAAAUGGAACAGACCUUUGUGAAUAGCACAAGUCAUCCAUCUUUGGAGAGUGAAUUAGGGCUUAUGGUGAGAGGCUCCUGUAACGCAGCAAAGACUACCAUGUCUCAGGGGUUUCUCUUGAGUUACCUUUUCUGAAUUACUUGAAAAGACCAAAGGUUUGGUCAGAGUUUUAUAGUGAGGAUAUUAACAAUUUUCUGCUUUUAUGUAGGAAAGAAACAAAAGGAAAAUAUGGAGGCAGUAUGUAUAAUAUCUGUGUUUUGGGUUGAUAUUUGGAUUGAAUAAUUAUUUCUUACUUGAUUCAGCUAAGUUUUAUGUGAUGAAUACUUAAGAAUAAUCACUUUUGGAACUGAAAGGGGGAAUCUAUAAAUAAAAGUUUAUUUUAAUGUUCUGAAGUUUGAGGGAUUUAAGAAUUGACUGUUCAUGUAAACAGUACUAUUAUAAAUUUAUAGACUUUUCUCUCCACAAAUCUUAUGUAUUUGGUUUUUGGUUAUUUUGACCUAUAAGUCAAAAUUAGAAAUUAGAAUCUAAUUAGAAAAUAGUACAACAAGAUAUAAAAACCUAUGACAUAUAUUUCUUGAUUUGCAUAUAAGAUACAUACAUUCUCUUAUAUUUGCAAGUAAAAAGAGCUUUUCCUACUAAGACUAAUUGAACCACCAAUUUUAUUUUAUUUUAUUUUUUAUUUGAUUUUAUCUUGUCAAUUGUAAAUGAGUUUAGUUAAUCAUUUAAGUACUUUCCUUUUGAAUUAUGGUAGAUUGUAGUCUAAUAUUAGUUGUCCUUAACUGGACAUGUGAAGGAACUGAAGAGCUUUUAGAGAUGAAUA